AUGCAGGGCAGACACACUGGCGGCGAGCGGAGAUGCAGGGCAGACACACCGGCGGCGAGCGGAGAUGCAGGGCAGACACACUGGCGGCGAGCGGAGAUGCAGCUCAGACACACUGGCGGGGAGCGGAGAUGCAGGGCAGACACACUGGCGGCGAGCGGAGAUGCAGCUCAGACACACUGGCGGCGAGCGGAGAUGCAGGGCAGACACACUGGCGGCGAGCGGAGAUGCAGCUCAGACACACUGGCGGCGAGCGGAGAUGCAGGGCAGACACACUGGCGUCGAGCAGAGAUGCAGCUCAGACACACCGGCGGUGAGUGGAGAUGCAGCUCAAACACACUAGCGGCGAGCGGAGAUGCAGGGCAGACACACUGGCGGCGAGCGGAGAUGCAGGGCAGACACACCGGCGGCGAGCGGAGAUGCAGGGCAGACACACUGGCGGCGAGCGGAGAUGCAGGGCAGACACACUGGCGGCGAGCGGAGAUGCAGGGCAGACACACCUUGGUGAACGGAGAUGUAGCUCAUCAUGAACAUUUCACGCCAAAAUCAUCGGAAAUUGUACAGAGAUUUAAAUUUCAUUCACGGAAUAGGAAGGCUGGUGAAAGUGUAGCUGCUUAUGUCGCCGAAUUGAGAAAGUUGACUGACGGGUGUGAUUUUGGAACGUCUUUACAGGCCAUGUUGAGAGACAGGUUAGUGUGUGGUAUUUGUGAUGACAAUAUUCAGAAAAAGUUGUUGUCAGAGACUGCUCUAACAUUUAGUAGUGCAUUGAAAAUUGCUAACGCAAUUGAGGCGGCAGACAAGAAUCUACAGGAUCUUCACGGUGAUAAAACUGUGGGACAUUCAGUACACAAGUUUCGCAGUAAACCAUCAGCACAAUCUACAAAAGACCAGAGGCCUCAUGUUGGAUCUGGAAAUAACAAACCUUGUUUUAGAUGUGGAAAAACUACUCAUGCUCCACACAUGUGUUUUUAUAAGAAUGAGAAGUGUCAUAAGUGUGGAAAACGUGGCCAUAUUGUGAGAGUCUGCAGGUCAGAAGAAUCAAUUCCGCAGAAACAGAAUUCUAAGGCUAAAUUCAAGGGAAGACAGAAAGUGAAUGCUGUAGUGAGUGAGGUGAACUCGUGUGGCCCAGGUAAUAGCAGUGCUAGUGUGGAAGACUUGUUUGAGAACUCGCUAUUUCAUGUUAGUACUCAGCCUUCGGCUAAAGGUGAUCCAAACUACCCAAACCCCUACUACAUUACAGUGGAUGUUAAUGGCACACCAGUGACGUUUGAGGUUGACACGGGAUGCCCAGUGACCAUUGUGAAUGAGCAGACGGCUCAAAGAAUUGGCCUUCAGUCAUCGACAUUAUACACGUCACAAGUACCCCUGCGAAGUUAUACAGGACAGGACGUAGAUUUGAACGGUUAUACUACUGUGGAAGUAUCUUACGAGGAGAGAUCUUACUCCUUACCGAUUUCCAUAGCCAAGGGUAAUGGUUCCAAUCUUCUAGGUCGUACAUGGGUACAGCCUUUGAACUUUGACCUGAGGGAUGUUUCGGUGAACCUUAUGAAAUCUACAGAUUUGACACUUAAUGAUGUUCUUGAACGACACUCAGCUGUUUUUGAGGAAGGUCUUGGAACACUUAAGGGAUUCCAAGCUCACAUCUACGUGGAUAAAGAUGCAACUCCGAAGUUUUUCAAACCUAGAUCUGUGCCGUAUGCAUUACGUCAGAAGAUAGAAGUUGAACUUGAUCGCUUGCUGAGUGAAGGCAUUAUUGAGCCAAUCAAGCAUUCUGAGUGGGCGUGUCCCAUUGUGCCAGUCAUUAAACCUGAUUCUUCUGUCAGGAUUUGUGGAGAUUUUAAACUGACAGUGAAUCAGUUUUCAAAAUUGGAGCAAUAUCCAAUACCGAAGUUGGAAGAUUUGUGCACGAAGCUAUCUGGGGGUGUAAAGUUCACCAAACUUGACAUGAGUCAUGCGUAUCAACAGUUAGUCUUGGAUGAAGAAUCGCGAAAAUAUGUCGUGAUUAACACCCACAAAGGACUCUUUAGGUACACAAGAUUGCCAUUUGGAGUAUCUUCGGCACCCGCUAUCUUUCAACGGAUGAUUGAAAGUAUUCUACAGGGACUCGAUUACUCAGCGGGUUAUCUCGACGAUAUCAUAAACUCUGGAAUCAACGACAGUGAGCAUCUUCGUAUUCUGGAUGAAGUACUUCAUCGAUUGUCAGAAGCAGGAUUACGUUUGAGAAGAAACAAGUGUGUCUUUAUGGCUGAUGAAGUUGAAUAUCUUGGUUAUAGACUUGACAGUGAAGGUUUGCAUCCAGUGGAGAAAAAGAUUGCUGCAAUUCAGGAAGCUAAGGUCCUUGAAAAUGUGAAAGAAUUGAGAGCUUAUCUUGGUAUUCUGAACUACUACCAUAGGUUUCUACCAAAUCUGCCUGACACUCUCUCCCCCUUGUACAAGUUGCUACAAAAAGAAGUGAAAUGGUCAUGGAGUACAUCUCAACAAAAAGCGUUUGAGAAGUCGAAGAACUUGCUUCAGUCUUCGGAUGUCUUGAUUCAUUUUGACAGCUCCAAACCACUUUUACUGCAGUGUGAUGCAUCCCCCUACGGAGUAGGUGUUGUGUUGGCUCACCAACUGCCUGAUGGUUCGGAGAGACCUAUAAGUUUUGCUUCAAGGACACUGACUAAGGCAGAGCAGAAUUAUUCUCAACUUGAUCGUGAAGGACUGAGUGUGAUCUUUGGCCUGCGAACGUUUCAUAAGUAUGUUUAUGGACGUCAUUUCCAGAUCGUGACAGAUCACAAGCCGUUGGUGUCAUUAUUCAAUGAGAAUAAUCCAGUGCCACAGAUGGUGUCUCCAAGAGUUCAGAGAUGGUCAGUGUUGUUGACUGCAUAUGACUAUAAAAUUGUACACAGGAAAGGUACACAGCAUACCAAUGCAGACGCAUUGAGCAGGUUGCCAGCGCCUGACUCAGGGAAGCCUAUGGAAGACAUGACAGUCUUAAUGCUUCAGGAAUUGGACACAUGCCCUCUGAAGUCUAAAGACAUAAGUAUCCAGACUGGCAAGGACCGAACAUUGUCUAUUGUUCGAGAAUUUGUGAUCCGAGGUUGGCCGCAGCGUGAUAAGUUGGAUGACCACUAUGAGCCGUACUACAGAGUUCGUUCUGAACUCAGUGUGAUGGAUGGAUGCUUAUUGAGAGGUUCGAGGGUCAUCAUUCCAUUGAAACUCACAUCUGUCAUAUUGUCAGAGUUGCAUCAGUCCCACCCAGGAAUCACCAGGAUGAAGGGCUUGGCCCGAAGCUAUGUUUGGUGGCCGCAUCUAGAUGCUGACAUAGAAACAACAGUAAACAGUUGUGAUUCCUGCCAGGAAGACAGGAAUUGUCCGAGUGUAGCUCCCCUACACCCUUGGGAGUAUCCUUCUCAACCUUGGCAAAGACUGCAUAUGGAUUAUGCUGGUCCAUUCAUGGGUAGCAUGUUUCUUAUAGUGAUUGACGCCUACUCCAAAUGGAUCGAAUGUGCACCUAUGUCGUCGUCAAAUGCAAAGGCUACCAUAAACCAGCUGCGUCGGAUGUUUGCAGCUUAUGGCAUACCAGAAAUUAUUGUAACUGAUAAUGCUACAGCUUUUGUUGGGGAAGAAUUUGCUACAUUUAUGUCCAGAAAUGGAGUUGAACAUGUGACAACAUCCCCUCAUCACCCGGCUGGGAAUGGCUUAGCAGAAAGGGCGGUUCAAAUAAUAAAAGAUGGAUUAAAGAAGACAACUGGUGACACAGUUGCAACUCAACUACAUAGGUUACUAUUUUCUUAUAGAAUUACACCACAGUCUACAACUGGUGUAUCACCUUCAAUGUUGUUUCUUGGACGCAGAUUGCGUUCGCGAUUGGACUUGAUGUUUCCAAACCUUGCCUCAAAGGUGAAAAAGAACCAGAGAAAACUUGUGGAUCAGUCAGCUCUAACGAAAUGUAGGGCAUUCCAAGUGAAUGACUCGGUGUGGGUUAAGAACUUUGCUUCAGGUCCAAAGUGGAUUAGUGGACAAGUUGAUAGUGUAACUGGUCCAUUGUCGUACAUCAUCAAGUUAACGGAUGGAAGAUUGGUCAGAAGGCAUGUGGAUCAUGUCAGACGCAGGAUGUCUUUAUCUUCACCCCGAAGGGACGUGAUUGAACGUUCAGACACUCCGCUAGAAUCACAGUCUUCACGAAGGAAGGAGUAUGAAUCAGACUUACCUGACACAUCACAGGUAGAUUCCCAUGAGGAAAGUAUCCAAGGGGAUGUUUCAAGUGUACCAGAUAUGUCUGAACCGGGGGAGGAAACGCCGGUAGUGACAUCGCCUGUAGCACCCAUACUUCGUCGUUCAACCAGAGUGAAGCAGCAACCGUCUUAUCUGAGGGACUUUGUGUCAAAGUGA